UAGCAUGGACUAGUUUUAGGCGCACACGGUUGUCUGCUGCAUCCGUAAACGUGCAGGAAUUUGAAACUAUAAACAAAAAGCAAGUUGGUUAAAGUCAAAGGUUUUUUGGGGAUCUGAAGGUGAAGUUUCCGAAAGAUAAAGUUUCCACCAUCGUUGAUCUUGAUAGCCUACGUGAAAAUCCAAGGGUUUAUGAGGUGCAUAGUAGCAGAUGCAUAAUGGAAAUGUAUACUUUCGGAUAAAGAACCGCGAGUACGUCAUGUUUAUCAUGUUCUUUGCACCCGAUCACAGGUGAAUCGCCUCUGAUAACUUACUGGCGUACUUCGACAAACGGAUUAUCCAAAGCUUUAAAAAUAAAACUUCCACAGGACAAAAGUGUCUCAGUGAACUCCAUCCACUUGUAAUAGAACAACAGUGCAGAAAUCAGCUACUGAAAAGCUGAGUUAUACUCAGUUUUUUUGCCAUGGGCAUCUUGAAAUUCAAAAGCCAUUUAUCCAAAUUGCCUUCAUUACUGUUUAGGAACAAUAAUCUGCAUACAAGCAAAACCUUCUUAAAGUUUAACCUCUUAAGUGCUAACUAUUGUUCUGGAAACCCUCUUCAAUUACAAGUUUGGAAGAUGUACGAAGUACGACAUACAUUUAAAAAAAUAAAGCCUAUAAAUGUGCAUUUAUCCAACGCUAGUCAAACAUUGAAGCUUCAUCCGACCUGGCUUCGAGAUCAUUGUAGAUGCCCAGAUUGCUAUAAUGCGGUCACCUAUCAACGGAAAAACGAUAUCCUAAAGUUGAAUGAACAUAGUACUAUAUCAGCUCAUUCACAAAGCGAUGGUCUCUUGCAUGUUUUAUGGUCGGAUGGGCACAAAUCAAUAUAUUCCAUCCCGUGGCUUAUAAGCAAUACUUAUGAAGGGAGGUGCCGAACACAAGAGGAAGAGGCAAAUCGACUGAUUACGUGGGAUGGCUCAAUGGGGAACUUACCGAGUUUAGAGCCCAUUCUGUACCAUAACGCAAUGCACGACGAUAAUACCCUCAGUGAAAUUUAUCGCCGGGUCAUCCAGUAUGGCUUCGUUCAAAUAGAGCAAGUACCCUCGACGGAAAUCGACACCAAGAUGAUAAUCGAGCGUGUCUGUCGCAUGUCCCGUACGGUCUUCGGAAAAUUUUGGGAAACAGGCACCAAUUUCGACCAUAUGGACACUGGUUAUUUGAACGGCUAUUUAGAAGCGCAUACGGACAACACUUAUUUUACUGAAGCGCAAGGGUUUUUGGUUUUUCAUUGUACCCAUUUCAAUGGAAAGGGUGGGGAGUCAUUUUUGGUAGACGGAUUUCACGUGGCGAAACAAUUAAAGCAGCUCGAUCCCAUUGCAUACGACUACCUAUCUAAGGCAAAUAUAACAGCAGAGUACAUAGAGCCAGGUGAGCAUUUUUCUUCGGGAGGUGCCAUUCUCCGCCAUGAUCCAGUGAGCCAUCAGCUUGAACAGAUACGAUUCAACAUGCUGGACCGGGCACCUUUAACAAGUGUGCCGCAAUCGGAAGUCGGUACCUUUUAUCGUCACCUAAGAACCCUGGCAAUGCUAGUGAGGCAAAAAGAAAAUGAAUAUUGGUUUCGUCUCUCACCAGGAACAGUGAUGGUCAUUGAUAAUUGGCGACUACUUCAUGGACGAAAUAGUUAUGAGGGCAAAAGAGUUUUAAGGGGCUGUUAUUAUUCACGAUCGGACUUCAUGAGUAAGGCGAGACACUAUGGGAUAAUUUUGUGAAAAAAUAUUGUCGCUUUAGCUCUUCAUACGGUGCACAAAAUUUCGAGGGAUAAUUUCAAUAUUACCUUUUUCUUAAAUAUAUUAAGUCCUUAAUAAUGUGAAUAAAAGAUAUACAAAAUGUAAA